CGCGUGCGGGGCCGGCAGCGCGUGCGGGGCCGGCAGCGCGGCGGGGCCGAAAGCUUCUCGCAGCGCGGCCCCCCCGGCCCGGGCCGAGUGGGGUGGGCCGCGGCCCUUGCGAAAAAGGCGGCGAGGAAGGGUGCAGCGGCCGGGCUGCAUCGAGGGCGGUCUGCAGUGGUGGGCUGGUGCCGUGUUGAGGCAACGCCGUGCGAGUCUCGGCUUGGAGAUGGCUUAACUAAAUGUGCCCCAAUGGUAAAUGAUACUCACUUUCCAUGUGGAAACAAGUGUACAGGUUGAAUAAUCAGCUCCUGAAAUGGCUUCUCAGUAGAUCUCACAUUUUUUUUGCCUAUACUUCCAAAAUGAUGCUUAGCCAGAGUGACUUCUGAGAGUUUCUCAGUGUUUGCUUUACCACGUAAACAGAGGUUAGAGUCAUCGCUGCUGCAAUGUCUUGGGUACAAAUUGCAGUCAACCAAUCCAUUGAAGAUAUAUUUGAUGAAGAUGCAGACGAGAUGUGUGUAGUACAGAAAGAAUGGAACAGCACCAUGAAAAAAAGAUUGAAGGAGGGCUUUAGGGAUGGUGUUGAGGCUGGGAAAGAACUUGCGCUCCAAGAAGGCUUCAAUCAAGGUUACAGGGAAGGUGCUGAGCUGAUGGUUACGUGUGGCCAGUACAGAGGAACCCUGAAUGCUCUCUCAUCCUGGUGCCACCUUAAUGGACAUAAUUCUGCUUUAAGUAAGAUAAAUAAUCUUCUAGAUGUGGUUGGAAAGCAUGAAGAUGAUCUACUUGAGUGUCUGAAUUCUAUCCAACAACAGCCACAUGUGGGAGACGUUUUAAAUGCUGUUCAGGACAUGGAUUUGAGUCAUGCAGCUCCAGAUGGGACAAAGUACGAUGAAGUUAACACCAAAAAAUAUGAACACGUUGGCAGCUCUGCUGAAAACUAUUGUAGAACUAAUGGUGAGGAUGGUUCCUUGCAGUCUGAGUGCAGCAAGGCAAAACUCUGUACAGAUCCUGAAAGGUCAAGCCUUGCUUGGGUUAAAAAGCAAACUGUUUGGCUCGUAGAGCAGCUGGGUUUAUCACUGGACGUACUCCAUCAUGUUCAGCAACUGGAACAUUAAUUUUUCUCUUUCAUGGUAUUUAAAAUUAUCUCAACUGGAUUGGAUUCCUAUUUUGAGGAUCACUUUAGGGAAGUCGGAUUCCAGUACUUCCCAGCAGAUGUUAUUUUGGAAAUCUUACUUUGCUUCAGCUCAUGGCCAAGAAAAUCUUGGUUUUCAUCCUAAUUAUCCCUUUCACAGAAAGGGAGAUAAUUUUUAAAAGCGCUCCACUGAUUUACUAAACAUGUCUGUACUCUGUGACAGAAUCUGUUAUUUCACCUUUGCUUUCUCUACUGGUAUCCUUUUGGAAAUGGAGUGGGUCCCUUUAAAAACCUCCUCUAAUACUGGAAAAAAAAAAAAACCCAGUGCUAUGGACAAGCUCUUAUUGCAGAAUAAGCCACUGUUGAUGACAUUUUGACUAUGCAAAAUAGAACAGGAUCUGCUGAUUUCCAAAGUACUGUAACUCUCCUGGUUACUAUAUUAAAAAAAAAAAAAACACGUUUUUCAAUUC